AUGGAUCCAAUAAAGUAUAUCUUUGAGAAACUUGUCUUAAUAGAAAGAAUAGCUCAUUGGCAUAUGCUAUUGUCUGAGUAUAACGUCCAAUAUGCCAAACAAAAGGUUAUUAAAGGUAGCGUGUUAUCGAAAUAUCUUGCACACCAACCAGUGGAGGACUAUCAACCUAUAAGGUUUGAUUUUUUGAACGAAUAUAUUAUGGCUUUGAAUGAUGAGAAGAUCAUAGGCGAUGAUGAAGGGCCCAGACCAGGAUCUCGAUGGAAGCUCACAUUCGAUGGCGCCUCAAAUUCCCUAGGGCAUGGCAUUGGAGUUGUUAUAACCUCCCCAAAAGGUGGUUAUAACCCUUUUACUACAAGCUUUUUCUUUGAUUGCACAAAUAAUAUGGCAGAAUAUGAAGCUUGUAUCAUGGGUAUCGAAGUUGCUAUUUACCUUAGAAUGAAGAUUCUCGAGGUAUACAGAGAUUCAGCAUUGGUAAUUUACCAAGUGAAAGGAUAA